AUGUCCAGCAUCAUACGCACCGUGGAAGUUGGACCAAACCCAACUGAAUGGUACGGCACACUUGUCGUGUCAGGUAUCAAGUACAGUGAUGAUAGUCAAGUAGCCAUCAAGGAGUUUCUCGGCAUCUCGUUCAAGUCGCCCGUUCCUGUUGACCAAAAUGCCUUCACCGUAGCCGUUAAUCCUUGGCAGUCUGUUACGGCAGAAGUCAUCAAUGACCCAAUUGAUGCAUCGACCUCUCUUGUCACGGCGAAACUCAACUUUGAAAGUAGCUACAAGUUCAACACGUCCGACACCAUAACAAUUGGCAUCAACGGCGACUUGAGAGAUAAUCCUGAGCAGUACACGGAAUCUGUCAGGCUCGCCGCCGAUGCGGUCCCCGACAUCAACGGGACUGUUGUGAUUACAACCGCAGCUGCCCCGGAUCCAGCGCUUGCGUCCCAGAACGUGACCUUGUCAUUUGCACAAGGCUCACGAAACUUCCCUGCUAGCGCACUACCUGGGAAGACCACGUCGAUCCAAAUUCCAUAUGGCGAAUACGUCGUGGCGAGCUCGGAGCUCACGACUGCGGACCAAACUGUGGUCGCCACGUCUGAAGUUUCGCCCACCUCUCUAUCCGUCUACACCGGCGAAGAAGCUGCCGUCGACGUCACUUUCGGCUCCGUUCAAAAAUACAGCGCCAUAGAUGUAUCGAUUGGAGACUUUUCGUCUCUCGAGUCUGAACUGUUCCAUGUAUACCUGACUCUUGACGGCAGUCCACUCACGGACUUUUACAGCGGCGACAAUGAGACAAUUUCUCUACGGCGACUUCCGGCUUCGGGGACAGUCAAAGUUUCCAUUGAUGUCAUUUCGCUAAAUAAUGUUCGGUAUGAAUUUUCCACAAAGAGCCUGAACCUCGCUGCCCAACUUUUCAACGUCACGUUUGGCGAAAGUGAUGUUACAACCUCGCCCGUGGAUACCACGGGCUUUGUUAAACUGCCCAUUGUGGUGAAAUCAGAUAUCACAUUGGGCCAGGAUAUUUCCGUCCGUAUCGAAUCAGAUGAGCUCAUAUACACUCAAAAGGUUCCAGGCAAGGCAGGUACCACGCCGUUCUCGGUUGUUGUGGCUCCGGGACAGUACAAAGUUCAAAACUCCAGCUUCGUCAUAGACGGAACCGUAUAUGCUGUUAAUAGCCCAAACACAUUGACGGUUGCGAGCGACGGUAGUACAAAGCUCGAUCUAGAGCUGAUUCAAGGAGCAAAUCUCCGCGUUAAAGGCUUCCCUAGCUUCUUGAGCUUUGGCGGUCUCGCAGACUUGACUCCAAACAACGCAGAUGACUUUGUCGCAGCGCGCGCUUCGUCCGUCUUCAAAUAUGCCGGUAACGACGGUGCUGGCGACAGCGGUGAGUUCUUGAAAGACGAUCCUGCUACUAAGCGAACCAUUGAACUCGCGCGCGACAUUGAGGCGAAACUUGGAGAUGGGAGCUCCGUACUGCCAAUAAUGAUUUCUUACACGGUCAACCUUUCUCUGGGCGAUAUUUACAAAAAGCUGCAAGACACGACUGGCCUUACGCACAGCUUCGCAAAUCUGAUUCUGUCACUCAAUAUAUCUAAUAGCUUCAUCGAUCAGGACCAUCCCGUACCCGCGGGGUUCAUUGUCAAUGCCGACUUCCUCGGAGAGGGCCAGAAGGAGAAUCUUGUCGACUAUGCCAUGCCUGUCAGGGAGCCCCUACAGGGUGCACUUGACCAUUGGAGUGUCCAGGAAUCCAUACCUGACUCAAUCAGUGACACUUUUGCCGGCUAUACUCUCGCUGUCAACUGGCUCAUCCGCACUGUUGCCCCCAGCGUCACCUUUGGUUGGCAAGUCAAUGUUUGGGGCGGAGGUACUUCUACUUGGAUCUACGAUACAUCGGCUGAUAAUCAGCAACCGCUCAAGCAAGCCAAGCAGACGGCCCAGUACAUAAAGCAGCUCGGCAUAUACGACGGCGACUACGCGCCCGACUUCCUCGCCGUGGACCGAUUUGAAGCCGACGACUGGACUCAGCGCUCCUACGUCCCCGGGUACUUCUAUGGCCCCUACGAAUGGCGUCGCUAUUACGACUUUGUCAAGUAUCUCGGCCUGGAGCUGCAAGUGCCCGUGACGCCCUGGCAGAUUCCGUCGAGCCACGCGCCGCUCGUCGCGGAUGCCGUUGCGAGCGAUUUCGAUCCGCAGCACUGGGGCACGGGAGGCAGCUACUUGUUAAGUGAUGCCGACGUCGGUUCCGAUAUCAAUAACAUUAACACGACUGUGCUCGACUUGGAGCUUAACGCCUCGCUCAUCCAAGCCAAAACUGCCAGAGAGGUUUGGCAGCGCGGUGAGCCGUUCGAUUUGUCACAGCCGGCAUACCUGACUUUCCUGUGCGUGGUAUAUUCGCGGUCCUGCUUGGAGGAGGCUCGACGACUGGAAUUAUUUCGACUGUUGGAAAUGCAGGGAGUUGGGUGA